AUGCGCAUCUUCUCGGGCGCCUGGCUCUUUGCCGUCACCGCCCAGGCUUCCAUAUCCUCCCUCGCAUCGCUGCGCUGCAGCGGCGGCCUCCUCCCGACGCCCACGUACAACCUCACCCGCGCGCUCUUCACCGUGUGCGCCGAGGAUGUACUCGACGUCCCCAUCCAAGCAAUCUACGAUACCCUCAUCGACUUCAGCCGCUACAGCGAGUGGAACACAUUCGUCGUCAAUGCUGUUCCGCCACCCGGCGUCCAGGGCCCGGAUGAUGUCUAUCACGGAAUGCCGGUCAAGUUCACCAGCGCUGGCAUCAUCCCGCGGUUCAACGCGUCCUCGAACGAAAUCAUCACCCUGCUCGCACCGGAUGUCGAGGAUGCCGAUGGCCAAGGCCGCGUCCGAGCAGCGGUCGCAUGGAGGAAUGAUGACGGGCUCAACGGAUACUUCUUGCCGGCGGAGCACCCCAUCUUUCUGACGGACCUGGGUAACGGGUCGGUGCGGAUGGUAUCGUAUGAGACGUUCUACCUCCCUGGCGCCGCUCUGCUCUGGUUCUCGCAAAGCACUCUGAAAGAGAGAUUUGAAACCCAGGGAAAAGACCUGAAGAAGUACUUGGAGAGAGGUUUGUGA